UAUCGUUCACAUAGCAGGCUGGCGUACUGCCGUACUAGUUCAUUAAUUCAUUUGAACAAUUGAACAUUGAACUAAUAAAGUAAUAAAAUAUUCGUACUUCGUAGAAAAUACUAUAGUUCAAUUGAACGGUUACAAUUUCAUGCUGAGUGUAUCAUUAUUUAUCAAAUCAAACAAAAUAAAUAAUUGAUACACUAGGUAACUCAUUGUGAUGGCUAAUUGGCAAGGUGCACUUGUAAAUGCUAGCCUAGAAGCAUUGACAACAUAUUUUGAUGGUUUGGAAGUUGAAUUAUCACGGUUACCAAUUGCUCUAGUACAUGGAUCUAUUGUCGGUGCAUGUUCUGUGCUUGGAGGACUUUUUGGUGGACGGUACGGACUUGCAAUUGGAGGACUCAUUGGACACCAGAUUAACAAUUAUUUGAUACCAACUAUUAGAAAUGUAGGAAACAUGUUACGAGAAUUGACUACAAAUCAACUUCAAAAUUUGUUUGAUUUACUGAUUAUCGGAAUUCAAACUACAGUUUCUAAUGUACUGGGUCAAAUAGUUAAUCGAAACAUACACCUGACAGAUCUUUUAAAUAGAUUUGGAAGAAAUACUGAAGUUCAGAUGAACAUGAUUGAAACUCUUAUCAGCUUCUUUAAUAGUAUUCAUAGUAAUUAUACUUAUACUUAUCGCCAAGUUAAUCCACAAUAAUUUAAUUUUAAUUUUAAAACAAACAAUAAUUAGGGCCGUCCCGAACAACAAUUAUUGUAAUUUGUCAAUAAUUAAAAACAAUUUGUAAUUUUUUUUAUAACACUAAUGAUUAAUGAAUGAUAGAAAUUCAAUAUAUAUAUAUUUUAAUAAUAAAUGUAAAUGUUUGUAUUACAUGAAAUAAUUACAGUUUAUUGUUAACCAAUUAUGAAACAUUUAAUACCAUUACCUUAUACCUGUUUAUCACUUUUUAAUAUGUUCGAUAAAUUUAUUUUUUCAUUUAUGUAUUUGGGACUGUUUAUGUAAUUCUAAGCUAUCAAAUAAAUAACAAUACAUAUUAAUUUACUACUGUACUUACAUAGUUACAUAUUUAAAAAAAAAAUAUUUUUAAUUGUAUAAUUUGUAUAGAAAUAUAAUAUAGUUUUACUUACUAUCUUUUUUUAUAGUAUAGUAUCACAGUUCAUACAUUUUCUUCAUGUUCAAUGAUCAUUUAAAAGUAAUAUGUUUGACUUACGACUGAGGUUCUAAAAAUUUAAUCAGCAAGUUGUAAUUUAAUUAUUAUAUAAUAAUUUGUAUCAACUAUUGCAAUCAUAAGAAUUCACACUUUUAUUAAAAAUUUAAAUUAUUGUAUCAUUACAUAGUACAUAUUAUGAGGUUAUGGCAAUGUAUCUCACAGGAUACAUCUUAUAACUUUAAAAGUUUAAGUCCUAACAUUUUAAUUUUUAAUUUUUUGAGUUCAGGGGCCUCAAAAUAUAAAGAAUAACCAAACUUCAUAAUUUUCACACCAAUAAUGUACACUUGCCAAGUUAAGGGUUAUUGUUUUACAAUAUAGCCAACUGUAAUUUAUUAUAGUAUAUUAUAAUAUAUUUCAACUAUAUGAAAAUAAAUUACUUUAAUUUCAAUACCACAAAACAUGAUUAUAGGUAUAUUUAUAAAUGUUAUAACAAUAUGGGCUAUGAUACAUUAUUGUCUCCGCUCCAAAUCGUUUCUCAUAGUAUAUUAUGCAAUAAUGAUAUAAGGGGGGGAUAGGUGGAUUAUGUCUCCCUCCUCGGGCUCUUCCUUGAUCAUAUUUUACGUUUUAACCUCAGAUAGUAACUAUAUUAAAUUAGUCUAUGGGUUUUUCUGCUGUCUAUGAACUGUGAUUAGAAUAUGCGAUGAACACACUGAUUAACUUGGUAGGUAAAGAAAUCAAUGCAUACACAGUCGUCCAGGGGCGGAUAGGGCUAUUUUAUGUAAGGUUAGGUAACCAGGAAUUAUACCAAUUGAUAACAAAAUAAUUCUAACUAAUAUUCCUUAGGAAUUUAAAGUGAUGAUACCAACAAAACGACGUUAAGAUUUAUAAAUUAUAAUAUAUAUUAAGACCAUUUGUAAUUAUAAAAAUAUUUGGAAAAAGUAUUACAAAUUAAUUAUAUUUUAAAAUAAAAUUUUA